CAAACGUCAAAUCUCAUUUGUCACUGUAGUUAUCACUUGUCGUCCAUUUUUGCAGUUUGGUUUUAACUGGAAAAAUGUUUCGCACAGCUGUUAGUCGCAUGCACUCUUUUACAAAAUGUGCCAUUAAUACGAAUGUAAAUCCAGUUACUGGAACUAUUUCUCAGAGAUGGAUGUCAAAACAUUCUACCGAAACUGACGAAGAAUUCGAUAGAAGGUAUGAAGCAUAUUUCAGCAGACAAGACAUUGAUGGUUGGGAGGUACGUAAAGGGAUGAACGAUCUUUGUGGAAUGGACUUGGUUCCUGAACCAAAAAUUGUGUCUGCUGCAUUAAAAGCAUGCCGUCGUAUCAAUGAUUUUGCCUUAGCUGUCAGAUUUUUAGAAGCCAUCAAAAACAAAUGUGGAAAUCAAGUAGGAGUAAUUUACCCAUAUAUUAUUCAAGAAAUUCGUCCCACCCUUAACGAACUAGGCAUAAACACACCAGAAGAAUUGGGCUAUGAUAAACCAGAAUUAGCUCUCAAAUCUGUGUUUGACAUUCAUUAAUUAUUACAUAUUGUAAUGUAUGCAUUUUAGAUAACUGUUAUUAUUUUAGUGAAAAAUAAAUGUAUUAUCUAAUU